CACCGCGGCUACUUCUCGCGAUGUUUGGCGGCGCGAAAGGCGGCCAUUUUGGGGUCCCCCCCGCUGGUUGCUCCGGCGGCGUCUCCCAGGCUCCGGCUGGGACCAAAGCCGGCCCCGCUGGUGGCCGGCCGGCCGACACGAUGUGGCGGCUCCGCUGCAAGGCCAAGGGUGGCACCCACGUUUUGCAGGGGCUGUCCAGCCGGACCCGCUUACGGGAACUUCAGGGCCAAAUCGCCGCUAUCACCGGCAUCUCUCCGGGUAGUCAGCGAAUCCUCGUCGGCUACCCGCCCGAGUGCCUGGAUCUCAGCGACCGGGACAUCACUCUUGGGGACCUGCCCGUCCAGUCAGGUGACAUGCUGAUUGUUGAAGAAGACCAAACCAGACCCAAAGCUUCACCUACAUUGUCAAAACGUGGUGCUCCUAGCUAUGGCAGGGAAGCUUUGCCUGUACUUACCAGAACCGCAGUCCCGGCAGACAACUCUUGCCUCUUUACCAGUGUGUACUAUGUCGUUGAAGGAGGAGUCUUGAAUCCAGGUUGUGCCCCUGACAUGAGACGCCUCAUAGCACAAAUUGUAGCCAGUAAUCCAGACUUGUAUAGCGAGGCAAUCCUGGGAAAGACAAACGAAGAGUAUUGUGAAUGGAUCAAAAGGGAUGACACUUGGGGGGGCGCGAUUGAGAUAUCCAUUCUGUCUAAGUUCUACCAAUGUGAAAUAUGUGUAGUAGAUACACAGACAGUCAGAAUUGACCGCUUUGGGGAAGAUGCGGGCUAUACCAAAAGGGUUCUGCUCAUCUACGAUGGCAUCCACUAUGAUCCACUUCAGCGUAACUUCCCUGAUCCAGACACUCCUCCUCUAACCAUUUUCUCCUCAAAUGAUGAUAUUGUUCUUGUCCAAGCACUGGAAUUAGCUGAUGAAGCUAGAAGAAAGAGACAGUUUACUGAUGUAAACCGCUUCACCCUGAGAUGCAUGGUAUGUCAGAAGGGGUUGACUGGACAAGCGGAAGCAAGGGACCAUGCCAGGGAGACAGGCCACACCAACUUUGGAGAGGUGUGAUCUGUUCAUGGUAAGAGUUGGAGCCUACUACCUCACAGAUCCAGAAGGUUCUGGGUUCUCCAAUAAGCUAUUCAUAACCCUACAGAAUAGAAGAACACAUGCUUGGACCAUCCUUUUGACUUAAACCAGUAAGGCUGAUGCUGAAAUUCCUUGUUAAGAUUAAAAUUAGUGUGCAAGUUUACAGAUGUGUGGCUACGCUAGUGGCAUGCCCUCUUUCUACUAGGGUGAUGGAAUAGGUGGCUUGGGCCACCUGAAGACUGGAGUCUAUUAUAAACCAGCACCCAGCGGCUUUAACUUCCAGAAGAAAACAUCUUAUUGUAGGUAAUGUGAAAGCCUUGCGGAGGGUCACUGGACAUGCACCACAGUGUCUCCAGUAAUCGGUUCCUUUUAAUAACUUGGAAUGAGUUGGUAGUUUCUAAAUUCUGAAUUGAUUCAUCAAAUGAAGAUGCUCAGAAUUGUCAAAACUUUUUAUAUUGCAAUUUGGUAGACUUUAUAAGUGUAUCUAACAACUUCUGAGUGCAUAAAAAGCAAUUUUACAGGGAUGUGUGUGUUUCUUGAGAAUGUUGUCUAAAACAGGAAUGGGGUCCUGUUUGAGAUUUCUGGCAUAUAAAAGUAGAAUGUAUAAGAGGGAAAGGUGCCUGAAGCAGCUUACUGAAGCUUUAAAAGACUGCUGGCCUCUUGUUUUAAUGCAAUUCAUGUGUUGCUGUUUGUCACAUUAGAUAAUUUUUUCUUUUAAAUGAGCAGGGUAUGCUUUUUUAAUUGCUAAUUUAAUUUAAAAUUCAAGAAGUAUCUUGAAAUUUGAGUGAUGGCUUUUUGGUUUUUGUUUUCUUUUGCUGUGUUACAUAUCAGUUUGUCUGGAGGGAUUUCAUUUCCUCAGACUUUCUGCUCAAAGCCCUUCCUCCAAACAGGUCUUCCUCUAAAGCGUUAAUGCUGUGCAGGCUUUGAUAACUUCGUAACAAUCUUUUUCAUAGAUAGCAGUGUUCUAGCUCCACUUUGUUCUUUUCGACAUUCCACAUUUCUGCAAGUUAGUACUUUACCUGUGAUCUUUGACUUUCAGUUUUUAAAUAACUGAUUGGGUUUGUUUCGCUUCCAAAAUAUGAAAAGUUGUAAAAUCCUUGCCUUAUACAGCUCUCUGAGAAUCCUGCUACCUAGAUCAGAUAUGUAGCCAUUUGCUUGAUGGAUUGAUCCUCAAGGCACACCCACUCAAAACUUAGCUUCUCUAUAGAAUCUUCCAGGUAAAAUCUUCUACCUCUUAAUUCUUGAGAAGAUCAGGGAUCUUUACGUUACAGUGUGUUGUGCAUUCUGUCAUACAGUGUAAAGAGGCAUACUGUUGUGAAGUUUUCUUAUUUCCAUCCCAUAUUUAUUAAGUAGCUCAGACAAACAUUGGUGUACUUUAGACACAUCUUUUCUCGUGUAUCUUAGCAAAUGUUUUUAAAUUAAGGUCAACCCUUAGCCAUUUACUUGGUAAUGGUAACUUAAUGUAAAAUUAAGGAAUGUUAAAGUCAACACUUUAGAGAAAGUCCCUUUAAGGAACAAUUGAACAAGUCACAAAGUACGCUUCAGUUAUCAGGUGACAGUCCUUCUUGAUUUGAGACAGCGUCUCCCCAUGUGUUUCUAGCUGGCCUGGAAUUUGCUAUAUUGUCCAGGCUCCUCAAACUUGAAGUAAUCCUUCUGCCUCAGCCUCCAGAGAUUACAAGCAGGGACCACCACACCUGGCAAGAUGACUUUUCUUGAAUACCCUUUGUGCACAUAGCCAGUCAGGCAAUGACAGUUACUAUAUAAAUUGAAAAUAUUUAAUUUUGGUUUUUUUUUUCACUGAGCCUUAAAGAUAGCACCAAUGAGCUUAGAACACUGAACAUUUGGCAUUCGUGGUAUUUAAUUUAAUUUAAUAAGAUAUUUAAUUUAAAACUGUACAUUAAAAAUAUAGCACUGGGUAAUAUCCAUCAAAUCGAGUUUUUUUGCUUCGUAUUUAAAAAGUUUGCCUUCCUGUACCACUUGAGCAUCCAAAUUUAAUGUUUCUAAAAUUUUGGAUCCAGACCUUUGUUCAUGCAACAAGUAUUUAUUGAAUAACUUAUAAUGUGUCAGGCAUGUUCAAUUUUUUGAAAAUAAGUUCCUGUCACUUUAAAUUUGAGUCUAUGUCAUCUACAGAGGAUUAGUUUAGUAAAUGUAAAGAAAUAGAAUGAGCACUGGUGUCUUAAAAUCAAACCCUUCAUUCUAAGUGUCUUUUAUACAUCUUAUUUAGUAUUUAUUUAGGGACAAUUUCUUAUCCUAUUUAAUCUUUUGCCUGGUUUGUCCAGUUGCCAGGUAGGCACUGAUAGUUAUAUGGCUUUCAAAAAGGUGUUUUAAUUAUUUGACAUGAGAACUGGUAUUAGAGUAGUGUUCUGGUUGUAGAACAUUCAAAGUGAAGCAUUAUAUGCAAAUUAUUUAAUUAUUUAUGUUCAUUCUAAAUACAGCCUAGUAAGUCUCAAUAUAAAGGGUUUGUUGUUGUUUUGUAUUUUUUCUUGUGCUUAUUAAGCUCUUGAAAUAUUUAUUAAUGUGAGUAAACUCAUUUUGAGAAUUUUGAAGAAUCUGUGAAUUUAGUUGCACCAUAACUAAAAGAAACUUUGUCCUACUGAAACCCUCUUGUUUGUUGGGUUGUUGUCUGUCCUGCAAGAAUUUCUUUUUUAAUUAAAAUGACACAACUUAUAUUAAUGUGGUAGAAUACUAGUGAUGGAAUAAAAAUUAUACUCUUGCCCCUUCUACCCCAUCCUUCCCACACUCUUCUUUGGAUUAAAGAUUCAGUGUGUUUUUAUGAAGAUACUCUCCCUAGUCGUGGUAUUGACCUGAAUUAAUGUCCCUGGAAAUUUUAUGAUAUGGCAGCCAUAUGAAGACAUCGGGUGUUUACCACAUCUAUUGCUAGUGAUUCAUGGCUGAUUUCUUAAUUGUUCUCCAUGAAUGAGAAGUGGGCAUAAUGAAAUGGCUACUGGCAUUGGUUAGGUUGCUAACCCUGUUUUUAGAAACUAAUACCAUUAUGCCAUUUGAAUAUUCUGUCGAGUUCCAGUCCCAGAAAACAAGAAUCCAAAAGUUGCAUUACUUACUACCUAUAUAUUCCCCUCACUGCUCAUGUCCAACUUGCUUGUCUGUCUAGCUUCCUCCCUUCAAGCUGCCCUAGCUGAAUUUUCUGUCCUUUUGGAAAAUAUACAGUAGGAUAUAUGUGAAAUUAAGUAACAGUGAUCCAUAGACACAAAUUAUAUAACAUGUUAUAUAUUAAAAAUCAGGUGGCCUUCUUAAAUUUACAUAUACUAAGAAUUACAUUUUUCAUGUGUUGAAAUUUUUUUUGCAGCACUUUAAAUUAGAGAAUAGGAGUUUACGUAGCCUUCUAGAGAUCCCGAGGACAGGAAAGAUCAACCUUGAGCUGCCAGCCAUCAGCUCUUCAUCAGUUAUUACCAUCAGUAUUUGCUGUAUCUUAUGAGAAAGUGUAAUUUCAGUCACUGUUAGGAGCAUGGUCUGUGCCCUCACAUAAGAAAUGCUACUUCUCUAAUGAGAUUGCUAUCACUUGUUUUACACUAUUCAAAAUUUGUUUACAGCACAGAGGUUUGAAAUUCAUCAAACCUUUUGUAGAUUCAUCAAAUAGCUCAUUUUAAAGUAAGUAUAUUUUAGGGAGAUUGUUUUUUGAGUAGGAUAUGCAAGCAGUAAUUUUAAGGAACACUUGAUUUGAAUAAGCUAGUUUGUUUCUCCUACAGAUAGGCAUCAAACCAGGGCUGUGUGCUUGCUAGGGUAAGUAAAUGCUCGCUGAUCAGCAUCCCUGGCCCCAGGGUGUAUUCUUAUUAACCACUGUAAUAUGUCAGCACAUCCAACUCAGUGAAUGGAAGAUGUCCUUGAUUGUAAUAAAAGAUUUUUGUCAAAAAUUAGCAUUUUGUUUAUAGUGCUUUGAAUAUUUCAUUAGGAAAACAAAGUAUUAUGUUGAUACUAAAUUAUGGAUUAUGUCUUAAGAGAAAAAAGUACUACUAAAAAGGAAAUGUAUAAGGUAAUGGAAUGUAAGUAAGCAUUUUGCAUGGCACUCUUUUUACUUUUGUUUUUAAACACAUUAGCCUGUAUGUAGGAAUUUAAGUAUAGUGAAGGUAUUAUUUGGUUAAGUUAUAGGUCAAGAGGUUGAGAAUUUCUACUAAGAUGAUGUGGCUUGCCACCAGAACUGGUAUAGAAUGUUUAGUUGAGUGUAAUCCCAAGUCAUUUAAAGGCCAAGGGUUUCCAUUUCACAUUUUGUGCCAUUCAGGACUCAAAGGUGUCACAAAAAAUAGAUUUAUACCAAAUUCAUUUUUCCUUUAAGAAUGCCUAAAAGUACAUAUAGCAUGUUAAAAUGAUAAGGAAUGAAAAAUAGUCAGUAGUGCCUGUAUUAACACAGAAGAGGCAGAGCUCCUUAAAUAAGAAAAUAAUCUUAAAGCCUGAAAUACAGAGCUCUAGAACAUAAUUGCAAAGGGGCCAAACAACCAGGAGUUGUUUUCUUGGCAUAAGAAAAUGUGUUCUUAGUGAAGAUGGACAGUAUUGCUUUCAAAAUGUUCCCUUGUCUGCCAGCAAGUUUUCAAAGUUCGUGCAUUGCUGCUGCCUGGAAGAUGUCUAACUUCAUUUUAUACAACUCAUGAUUUUGCCUUUGUUAUUAAGAUGCAUUCAUUUUAUUUAUGACAUGUGACUUUUCAAUAUCUAAAUGUCUGAAGUGACUUGUUUUAAAGGAAUAAAUUAAGUAAAAACA